AUGUCGGCACCCUCCAUACCAAACCUCCUCUCGUUACGCGGGGCGUCACGGGGCGGUCGGGGCCGGGGUCGCGGGCGCGGAGGAGGAGGAGGACCCCCCUCGGUGUCGGGGAGCCAGGGGCACGACGCCACCAUCCAGGGCACAGACACCGACGCCGCCGUAUCGCGGCUGAGCGCCGUCGAGGUCGGCUAUCUGGAGGACACCUACGCUCAGUACUUUGUGCAGAACUCGGCCGAGCCGGCCAGCAGGCGGCUGCCCAUCAUCAACCGAGGAACGUACACCAGAACAACGGCGCUGGACCGGCUCAUCGCCGCGUUUCUGUCCUCCGGGGAUGCGAGCCAGGAGAAGCAGAUCGUCUCUCUUGGGGCAGGCACCGAUACGCGAUGCUUCCGUCUUUUCUCGCAGCCGACAAGCAGAAAGCUGAUUUACCAUGAGGUGGACUUCCCGGCCAUCAGCUCGCGGAAAUAUCACAUCGUGCAGGCCACGCCCGUCCUGGGACGUGUCCUUACCCAGCCAACAAGAGAGGGGGAGACAUCCUGGCGCAGUGCGCCAGCUGAGAACUGCCAGUACUGGUGCCAUGGCCUGGACCUGCGGCAGCUUGCUCGUGAUGACGAGGAGACGACCCUGGCGGGUUUGAGAACCGACGUCCCGACAUUGCUGGUGUCAGAGUGCUGCUUAUGCUACCUCGAGACCACACAGGCAAGGAAGGUCAUCAAGUGGUUCACAGAUAAGAUCCCAGAUAUUGGCAUUGUUCUUUACGAGCCCACCAAGCCUGAAGACCCGUUUGGCAAGAUGAUGGUGUCGAACCUGGCAGCAAGGAGGAUCAGAAUGCCGACACUGGAAGUAUACAAGGAGCCCCAGGACCAGGAGACUAGGUUGAGGGACGCAGGUUUUGAGCAAGUCAGGCAGCUGUCAGUAGACCACAUUUGGGAGACCUGGGUAUCGGAGGAGGAGAAGGAGAGAGUCGAUAGCCUAGAGGGCCUCGAUGAAGUCGAGGAGUGGAAGUUACUGGCUGGCCAUUACAUCGUGGCGUGGGGCUGGAGAGGGACAGGCUUCGACGGUUGGUUGAGUUGA